GCGGGGCUCAGGUGCUGAACGGCGGGGCCCGGGCGGGGGAAGGGGCGAACGCCGAGAAGGGUGGGGGCGGCGGCAAGGAAGCGAUUACGCCGCAACGUCGGCCGCGCGAGGUUUCGCGCGUGAGCGGCGCCGGCGCUGGGCCUUGCUACCAAGCUUUCCUGGCAGGCGAACAGGUCGUCGACGCCGGCUCCUGGCAGAGCGCGGGGAAGUGGAAGGUGUCGGUGUCAGCGGUGUAGUCGACGGCGGCCCUGGCCAUGGAAGAGACGCAGCCGCUUCCGCAGCCCGAAUUGCGGCUCUGUGACAGCCUUAUGAUCUGGCUGCAGACAUUCAGUACCGUGGCUCCUUGUCAAGAUAUCAAACAGCUGACUAAUGGAGUUGCCAUGGCACAAGUUCUUCAUCAGAUUGAUGUCGCUUGGUUCAAUGAAUCUUGGUUAAGCCGAAUUAAAGAGGAUGUUGGUGACAACCGGAGAAUAAAGGCUAGUAAUUUAAAGAAGGUCCUUCAAGGAAUCAUGAGUUAUUAUCAUGAGUUUUUGGGGCAGCAGAUUUCUGAAGAACUUAUCCCUGAUUUAAACCAAAUAACUGAAUGUUCAGAUUCUGUAGAACUUGGGAGAUUGCUCCAGCUUAUUUUAGGUUGUGCAGUCAACUGUGAGAAGAAACAAGAACAUAUUCAAAAUAUAAUGACAUUGGAAGAGUCUGUUCAGCAUGUGGUCAUGACUGCUAUCCAAGAGUUGAUGAAUAAAGAAAUGUUGAACUCUUCUACAAAUGAUGCUGUUGGGGAAUUAGAGCAACAGCUUAAAAGGGCCUUGGAAGAACUUCAGGAAGCACUAGCAGAAAAAGAAGAGCUGAGGCAAAGAUGCCAAGAACUAGAUAUGCAGGUGACUGCACUUCAAGAUGAAAAGAAUUCACUGGUAUCUGAGAAUGAGAUGAUGAAUGAAAAACUCGACCAGUUGGAUGGCUCUUUUGAUGAUCCAAAUACAAUGGUUGCAAAAAAGUAUUUUCAUGCACAAUUACAACUAGAACAAUUACAGGAAGAAAACUUCAGGCUUGAAGCUGCAAAAGAUGAUUACCGUGUUCACUGUGAAGAGCUUGAAAAGCAACUAAUUGAAUUUCAACAUAGGAAUGAUGAAUUGACUAAUCUUGCUGAAGAAACAAGAGCCCUGAAAGAUGAAAUAGAUGUUCUUAGGGCUACCUCUGAUAAAGCAAGUAAACUGGAGUCAACAGUUGAAAUAUAUCGUCAGAAACUACAAGAUCUGAAUGACCUUCGCAAGCAAGUGAAAACUUUACAAGAAACGAACAUGAUGUAUAUGCAUAAUACAGUCAGCUUAGAAGAAGAAUUAAAGAAGGCCAAUGCAGCACGUACACAAUUAGAAACAUAUAAAAGGCAGGUUCAAGAUCUUCACAUUAAACUUUCCUCGGAAUCCAAAAGGGCAGACACGCUAGCUUUUGAAAUGAAGCGACUUGAAGAAAAACAUGAAGCUUUAAUUAAGGAAAAAGAGAGGCUUAUAGAACAGCGUGAUACUCUAAAAGAAACAAAUGAAGAGCUUCGAUGUUCGAAAGUACAACAAGAUCACCUAAACCAAACAGAUACAUCUGCCACAAAAAGUUAUGAGAAUCUUGCUGCUGAAAUUAUGCCCGUGGAAUAUAGGGAAGUAUUUAUUCGACUGCAACAUGAAAAUAAGAUGCUUCGCUUACAACAGGAAGGGACUGAGAAUGAACGUAUUGAAGAACUUCAGGAGCAGCUGGAACAGAAGCACCGUAAAAUGAAUGAAUUGGAAACUGAUCAAAGGCUGAGCCAAGAACGCAUCCGAGAAUUACAGCAGCAGAUUGAGGACCUCCAGAAGUCUUUACAGGAGCAAGAUGCAAAGUCUGAAGGUGAAACUUCCAGCAAACUAAAGCAGAAGUUGGAAGCUCAUAUGGAAAAACUAACAGAGGUCCAUGAAGAAUUACAGAAGAAACAAGAGCUCAUUGAAGAUCUUCAGCCAGAUGUAAACCAGAAUGUACAAAAGAUCAGUGAACUUGAAGCUGCUCUUCAGAAGAAAGAUGAAGACAUGAAAGCAAUGGAGGAAAGAUACAAAAUGUACUUGGAGAAAGCAAGAAAUGUAAUAAAAACUUUAGAUCCCAAAUUAAAUCCAGCAUCUGCUGAAAUAAUGCUACUUAGAAAACAGUUGUCAGAGAAAGAAAGAAGAAUUGAGAUUCUGGAGAGUGAAUGUAAAGUAGCAAAAUUCCGUGAUUAUGAAGAAAAACUCAUUGUGUCUGCCUGGUAUAAUAAGAGUCUGGCAUUCCAGAAACUGGGAAUGGAAUCUAGACUUGUGAGCGGCGGUGGUGCUUGCAAAGACUCUGGUACCUGUAUCCCUGCACGGUCUUUCUUAGCACAGCAACGACACAUCACCAACACCAGAAGAAAUCUCUCUGUUAAAGUUCCUGCCACAACAUCUGAUUAAACUGCAAAGGAAAACAUAAACAGAAGUGCCCUUAAAAUAUUUUAUGCCUUUCAACUAAUUACCAGGUUGAAAAGAAAAUUUAUAAUGCUGAAUAUCAGCUAUUUUAAAAUCAAAAUGCAUGAAAUUAAUUUUGCCAGCCAACUUUGAAAACAAAGUGUAGAAUUAGCAAUCUCUCUUGGGGAACACAUUUGAAUAAUUGGCAAAUGUAAUUAGACACACAUCUUAAACACAUUUGUCUUUUGAGAAUAUUUUACUUUCAGAUUGAUUUUGUAUAUUUUAGUUGAAUGUUUUCAGUUUCAUUAAUUUAGUUAAUUUGUAAUAUAUAAUCAGGAAUAUAUAACUUAAAAGCAUCUAUUUUUAUUAUUAAUUUUUUUUGGUCCAUAGACAGUCUUGAGAUAGGCACAUAGAGAGCUAUCCAAGGGUGAUUUGUUUGACUUGAUAUAUACAAGUUUUUACUUCUGUCCUUCUAAUUUUGUCAUUGAUUAAGUAUAUCAUGUCAUUGAUGCUAGAACUUUUGGAAGACUUGACUGUUGAAAUGACUUUACCAUAGUAAAAGUGAAUACUGUAAUUGGCAGUUUUGCAGAUUCAGAAUAGGUUAUAGUUCUCAUAUGUACGUUCUAUAAACAAGGGCUUAUCUACAGCUUAGUUGAAAUGUUACAGAUGUAAAAACAAACUGACCUUUUUAAGAGGUAACUUUCUGAUGGUCAUCAAUCUAAAAAAUAUACUUUGUGUGAAAUGUCCACAUACUUUUUAAUAUAUUAGUGAGCAGUUUCAAUAAUUUCUUUUAAACAUUGCAGAUUAUCAGGGCUUCUGCCAAAAAGAAAGACACAUCAUUAAAUACAGAAAAUACAAUGAGGAAACAACUUACAAUUAGUUUGAUUUUGUUUACUAAGGAGUCUAUCUUGCGCUGAGUUUGUUGUAUUCGGUUCAUUUCUACCAGAAGCUCUUGUUUGCAAAGAUGUUACUCUCUCAUUUAUUUUGGUCAUCAUUUUUAAAAGUCACCACUUCGGAAUUUUAAUUUAGUUGUGCUAAAUCUGUGCUGUUCAAAACGAUAGCUGUAAACCACACGAAGCAAUUAAAAUUAAAAAUUCAAUUCCUUGGUUAUACAAACCACAUUUCAAAUUCUCAGUAGUCACAUUUCAAAAUAGCUGCCUGUACUUAGUGACUACUGUAUUUGACAGUGCAGAUAUAGAACAUUUUUGUCAUUGCCAAAAGUUCUGUGGACAGUGCUGCACUAGAUCUUACAAUAACUUAGAAACACUCUUUGGUGUUAGACCACAAAAAUAAAAAGAAGAAAAAUAUUAGGACUAUUUCAGAUAUAAGAAGUAGUUGUGAUAUAACUAGCAUCCUACAUUCCCUACAGUUGAAUACCUUAUGUUGUCAUAGCCAUAGUUAAUCUUUUCAGUGCUGUUCAACAAAUACAUAGCUAUCGGGGUUGGUAGACUUUCUGUAAAGGGCCAGGUAGUAAGUAUUUCAGGCUUUGACGGCCAUAUGAUCUCUGUUGCAGAUCAGCUCUGUCAUUAUAGUGUGAUAGCAGAUAUAGACAGUAUGUAAACAAAUGAGUAUAGCUGUAUCCCAAGAAAACUUUUUUUUUUAAAAAAACAACAACAAAAACAGAUUGCAGGCCAUAUUUGGUCUGUUGGCCGUAGACCCCUGGUCUAGACUUUUAUUUUUAGCCUUUCUUUUAAAAUAUGAGUAUUGUUCCAUUCACAGUAUUAUUUAUUUAAAUAUCCAAAUUUUGGGUUCUCCCCCAAUAAUUUUUUAAUCACUGAAGAUACAAGAAUUUCAUACUGCAUUUGGAUCUCUUAUAUUAGGUAGUAUCUGUCAGGGUAUUUUGUUUUAUCAGGGUUACUUCUGUUGACUACCUCUUGGAUUUUGAUGUGUGUUAUCAGUGCAGUUAUAUUGUUGGUUUGCGUUUUCAUAUGCUCUUGUAGUCUCUGCUUGCCUGUGACUUUUAGUGACAUGAAAUAAGCCUUUGAAAAUACUUUAGCAUGCUAUUUAAAAUUUUCUAAAUAUUAAUGGCAUUUCAGUAUAUUUUUGUCAACAAAAACAUCUGCCCCUUUGGUAUUUACUACUUGCUUAUAACUGAGAUAUUACAAGCUUUUCAAACUCACUUUUAAUGGAAUUUAUUGUAAAACAUCAGUUUCAAUAAAUUAAUAUUUUCACAGUUCAAUUGCUCAUAAUAAAUUUUAGAUUAUUUGGAAUUUCUGAAUAAUUCAUGCAAAUUCUGAGUAAGAACCUGAGGCUAGAUCCCUCUUUCUUAAUAGAGAAAAGACAAAUUUUCUGAUUUAUCAUUUUUCUAGUUGAUAAGUAGAAUUUAGAAAGUUUGAUAUGUAAGUAUUUAUACAAGACUAAUGUUAUUUAAAGUUCUAUAUUAUUGUAAUUAAUCAUACAGAAAUUCAGGAACUGAUCAGAAGUGAGAUUCUUUUCCACAUCUGGUUAAUGUAGUGAGAUCGACACCCUGUGGGUGGUAAAGCAUUAUAAAUAUUUCAUCAUCAACUAUGAUUUAUACACAUCUGUGUUGUAAGGGAGGCUUGAGUGCAUAUACUAUGGAAGAAAAAGUCAACAUUUAUCUAUCUGAUUAGGAAUUAAGUGGCUCAGUGAUUAUAAAGUAAAAUUGUAGGCCAAUUUGGAAAUUAUCUUUAGUUUUGAGCAUUAGCUCUAAGAUUUAUAUUCAUUUCUCUCUUUUUAACAUAAAAAGUGUAUACACAUAUAACAAUGAUACUUAUUCUGUGAUUCAUUACAUGUAUUGAGAAAUAUUUGAAGUUGAUUAUAUUUUUCCAGUGAGUAAGGUUGUUGAACUAAUGAUUUAUGUAAAUUAAGAAUUUAUGACUUGUGUCUAGAAACAUUAAAAUGAGCAUCCCUCGUUAAGAUGGCAUCAUCUUUGAUAACUUGAGUGCUAAUUUAAAUAUUAGGUAAUACUACAUCUACGCCUAUUUCUGUUUAGUGGCACAUCUGCCCUAUGAGAUGGCAUUUGGGCCACAGUACUGUGUGAGGUUCUCUAUAUGUAUAUUUAAUGAGAAACAUUCCUAUGUAAAAAUGUGUGUAUAUGGAUUGUAUGCAUACAUUCCUAUUGUGAAACUGUACAUUGAAAAGAAGUAGUUUGGAAAUUCGUAAAGCACAAUCAUAAAAGAAAGUAGUAUGCGUUAUUAAACUUGAGUUUAAAGGUAAUAAAUAUUUAGUUUAUAAAAGGUCCUUUCUAUUUUCUAUGGUAAAGACUUUGACACUUGAAAAAUAGAAGCAAUACUUGAUUUAUUUUUGUAAGUACUUAGGACGUUAUUUUGAACAAAUGAUUGUCCGAUAACAAUAUGAUAGUUGUUAAAUGUUUUAAGUAAAUAAACUUCCUGCUUCUGUGGUCUGAUGGUUAUGAUGGGGUUGUAGUGGAUACAAAUGUACAUUAUUUACUGCUUUAAAUAAAGGUCUUAAAUAUUUGGAUUGAUAAAGUACAUUGCAUUAAUUUUAUUCUAAUGUUUUUUCCUUUAAACACAUAUUUGUCAACGAAAGUAUGUGUAAAAGUGAUUUUUUUUCCAUGUUCUCCAGUUUCACCACUGUAAGCUUGACAUCCUGCAUUAGCAUGGAACCUACAACAUUUUUCUUUGGCAGAGACAGAUACUUAUCACUCAAUAUCUACUCUCCUUUUCCUUUACUAAUAGAAUCCCAAAUUUUAGCUUGUUACAUUACCAUCCAGAAAAUUAAAAAGAGAAAAAAA